AUGUAGAUAUUGCCUUUUCGAAAUCAAUCAACUCCUUCUGAAUUUAUCCUUCUGGGAUUUGGCAAUCUCCUUGAACUGAGAAUAGUCCUCUUCAUAUUAUUUCUUCCUGUUUAUACUUUCUCCAUUGUUGGUAAUCUCCUAAUUGUUUCAGUGGUUGUGAUUGACCAGCAUCUUCAUACACCCAUGUAUUUCUUCCUUGUUAAUUUGUCUUGUUUGGAAAUCUAUUAUAUUUCUACCAUUCUACCCAAGAUGCUGGCUAGUUUUGUAACUGGAGAUCAAUCUAUACCUGUCUAUGGAUGCAUUGUACAGUUUUUCUUCUUUGGGGUUCUGGUAGCCACUGAAUGCUACCUUUUAGCAAUGAUGUCUUAUGAUCGAUAUUUAGCAAUAUGCAAACCAUUGCAUUAUACCACACUCAUGAAUGGCAGACUCUGCCUCCAAUUGGCUCUUACAUCUUGGAUGAGUGGGCUUUUGACCAACACUAUCAUAACCUCCUUACUGCUUAAACUUACCUUCUGUGGACCCAAUGAAAUUGAUCAUUUCUUUUGUGAUAUAUAUCCAGUAGCAAACAUUUCAUGCAGCAAUACACACUUAGUAAAGCUUGCUACAUCUAUUUUAUGCAUAAUUGGAACAGGGCUUCCUUUUCUCUUAACAGUGGCCUCAUACAUCUGUAUUCUUCAUACUGUCUUACAAAUUAAAUCUAAAAUUGCCCAACAGAAGGCUUUUUCCACAUGUUCAUCCCACCUAAUUGUAGUGACAAUUUUCUAUGGCUCAGUAUUCCUUGUCUAUGUAGUUCCAGAAACUGAAACACUAAAGGAGCUACAUAAAAUGUUUUCUGUAUUCUAUACCAUCCUAACUCCUAUGCUCAACCCUCUUAUCUAUAGUUUGAGAAACAGAGAGGUGAAGGAAGCUCUCUUAAAAGCCAUCAGAAAAUACAGCAACAAAAUUUCAUAAUCUUGUAAUGCUAUAAUUUUUUCUAAUUGCAGAUCAGGAUAUUCUGAAAUGAUUUUUUCCUGCUUUCUAAAUAAAAUAAUCC